AUGAGGUUUUCUAUGAGGCUCAGCUGCAGCAGCUGCAGCAGCAGCAGCAGCAGACAGAAGAGACAUUUGCUGCUGCAGAAGCAGAGAGAAAGAGACAGGCUCACAGAAGAGAGACAUCAGCAGCUGCAUGCCACGCUGCAGCAAAGGAUAGAUGCACUGCAGCAGGAAGCAGCAGCAGCAGCAGCAGCAACACUCAAAAAAGAACAAAGAAUAGAUAGCUUGCUGCUGCAGGUGAGCGGGCUUCAGGGGGAGCUGCAGCAGCAAACAGCACAGAGAGAGGCCCUAGAGGAGACGCUUGUACACGAGAAAGAGAGACAGCAGCAGCAGCAGCAGCAGCAGCAGCAGCUGAAGCGAAACGAGGAGACUCUGCGUGCUGCAAAGACAGCAGCAGAAGCACAGCUAGCAGCAGAAAGAGCAGCAAGAAAAAGAGACAAAGAUAUAUAUGAGGAGACAGUUGAGGAGAGGAGACGGGUGCAGCAGCAGCGGGAUGUGCUGCAGCAGGAAGCAGCAGCAGCAAACGCACAACUGCAGCAGCUGCAGCAGCAGACACUUGAGAGACUGAAGGAUGCAGCACACAAGCUGCUGCAGCAGGAGCAGCAGCUGCAGCAGCUGCAGCAGCAGCUAGAAGAGGCGCAGCAGCAGCAGCAGCAAACACAAGAAAAGGCAGAUGGUCUUCAGCAGCAACUGCAGCAGCAAGAGCUGCAGCAGCAAAAAGAACUGCAGCAGCAGCAAAGAGAAGCACAGCAGCAGCGAGACCAGCUGCAGCAGCAGCUGCACAAGCAGCAGCUAGAACUGCAGCAGCAAUUUGGUGAGCUGCAGCAGCAGCUGAUGCAUGCGCAGCAUAAGACACAGGCAGCAGAAGCUGCUGUGGAGACACUGCAGCAGGAGAAAAAGGCGGAGAGCAGUGCAGCAGCAGCAGCAGCAGCAGCAGCAGCAGCAGCAGCAGAACAGCAGCAGCAAUUCAUGGAGAGACAGCAGCAAGCUGCAGCACAAGAAGCAAAAACAAAAGAAGCUCAGCUGCUGCAGCUCAAGGGGACUGUCUCCUCCCUAGAACAACGUUUGUCUCUGCUGCAGCAGGAGAGAGACACGGCAAACAAGAAACUGAAGGAGACAGUAGUGCAGCAGCAGCAGCUGCAGCUGCAGCAGCAGAAGCUGCAGCAGCAGCUGCAGCAGCAGCAACAGAUAGCAGCAAAAACUGCAGAUGACCUCAAAAGGAGACAGGAGACAGCAGGCAAAGAAAAGGAGACACAUGAAAAGGAGAAAAAGGCUCUGGAGCAGCAGCUGCAGCAGCUGCAGCAGCAGCAGCAGCAGAUGCAGCAGCAGCAGCAGCACAUGCAGCAGCAGCAGCAGCAACUGCAAAGACAAGCCUCACAGGCCUCCAUACAGGCAAAUACAUCGAAGGAGACAUUAACGAAAGAAAAACAAGAAAGAGAGAAAGUGCAGCAGCAGCUGCAGCAGGAGACAAAGGAGAAGCAGCAGCUGCAGCAGCAACUAGCAGCAGCACAGGAGCAGCUCAAAGCGCAGCAGCAGCAGCUGGAAGAAGCGAAAAAAGAAGCAGCAGCAGCAGCAGCAGCAGCAACAGCAGCAGCAGCAGCAGGAGAGGGAGAAGAGAAAAAGAAGCAGCAGCAAUACGAGCAGCAGCAGCAGCAGCAGAUAUAG